UUACUUAAAUAUAUACGUUCUUAAUACUAUGUCAUCAACGCUAAAUUAAUUGAUUCCCUAAUACGUACGAAAAUAUUACUUAAAUAUAUACGUUCUUAAUACCGUACUUCAUGAAACUAAAUUAAUUAUAUCCCUAAUACUUACGAUUCAAUCAUCUAAAUAUAUACGUUCUUAAUACUAUGUCAUCAACGCUAAAUUAAUUGAUUCCCUAAUACGUACGAAAAUAUUACUUAAAUAUAUACGUUCUUAAUACCGUACUUCAUGAAACUAAAUUAAUUAUAUCCCUAAUACUUACGAUUCAAUCAUCUAAAUAUAUACGUUCUUAAUACUAUGUCAUCAACGCUAAAUUAAUUGAUUCCCUAAUACGUACGAAAAUAUUACUUAAAUAUAUACGUUCUUAAUACCGUACUUUAUGAACACUAAAUUAAUUAAAACCCCAAUGCUUUCGAUUGUAUUACUUAAAUAUAUACGUUCGGCACGAGGAAAUUUUGAAAAGAUAGCGAUAUAUACUUAUUGAAUUAUUGAAUUGGUUCUAUAAAGAAUCUUUUUACGACAGCAUUUGUUUUCAAGAAUAUAUAUAUACCGUUAAAAUAAGAAAUUGUUGAUCUCAAUUUUGAUAUUUAAUCAAUCCAAUAAGUAUAUCGGGCCUGACCUUGUUUAACAAUUUUUUAUCAUAUAUACAAGUACAAUUUAAAAAAGGGAAAAAAGAUCAUGAACUUACCAUUUUCAAACGUGUAAUGCCAUGUAAGAAGUCGAAUACGUCAUAAUCAGUGCGGCAUAACUUGCAAAUAUAGGAUUCGGGAUUUCGUGUAAACAUCUCAAACUUAGUUUUGCCAAUAUUCUCACAAUCAGAAUGGUACCAUUUAUCACAUGAUUCACACAAAAGACUUUCGGUAUUGUGGGUAUCUUUGUGGCAGGAGCCACAUGGCCAUUUUUUACCACGACCCAUGAUACUGUUGCAAAGGAUAACUGUUUCGUUACGUAUUUAUAGCUACUGAAUUGAAAAAAUAUAAUUUGAUUGGUAUAUUUCAACUCUACCAAAUUGUAAUCGGAUUCCGAUUGGUUACCUUUAUGUACACAAAGGUUUAAUUUGAUCGCAACAAAUCUAAUAUUUUAUGUUUAAUGUUGUUUUUGUGUUCUCGCAAAACCAACAACACGUCCACUACGUGCAGAAAUAUGAAAACAUCUUUCGGCAUCAUCAGUCGAGCAACGUAUGAACAAGUGCGACUCCUGUCAAUCAACGUGCACGCGCAAACGCAAAGGUGUGAUCUUUAGUACCGGUGAGUAUGUACACGGGUAUUAUUCUCCUGUCAAUCAUUAGGCUAGGCACGCGCGGUAUACCGUAUCGGUGAACAUCACACGUUACAAAUUAUCACUAAUCGACUUUUUGGUGGGCAAUUAGGGAACCUGAUAAUUAGGUAAUUGUGAUCGACAAGUGAAUAGUUAAUAUUAUAAUUGGUCACACAUAUACAUACAAUAAACACUAACGUGAGAAACGACUAUAAUUCAUAUCCUUUAAUCAGAACUGUGUUCAGUAAAUAAAACUCCUAUGAAUUAGUUAAUCUGUACUCAAUUUUUUUAUCAUUUUUAUUGAGAAAAGUGGUAUAAAUGAUUUGUAUAAGGUUUUUAUCCACUUCACACCCUUAAUAUUGGCUGGGCUGUAUCAUGGCGAAGUUUGCAAUUCUCGGCAGCAGUUACAUCUCUAGACUCAGAGACUUCUGUGAAGGUGACUUUAAGGUGCCUGGUGAUUGCCGAUUUUUUGGCAAAGGAGGGAUGAGGACGGACUCGAUUCCACACUGGAUGAUGGCAGACCUCGAGAGCUUCAACCCGGACGUUGUUUUUGUGCAUCUUGGUGGCAACGACAUUCGGCGAGAUUCUUCUCCUAAAGACAUAUUCAGCAACCUGUGUGCGAUCGUGGAGACAUUGAAGAAGAGCGGCGCCAAGGUUCACAUCGCCGAGAUUUGCAGAAGAGGAGAUUUUUCCAAGGCACCAGGGCUCAUGGAAGCAUCAUUCAAUAGACAGAGGAAUGCCAUCAACAGGCUGUUGAUAGAGAGAUACGGGAAGUGUAUUGUGAAGAUCCCCCUGCAGUAUCCUGCCGAUUACGAUAACAAACUUGUACAUUUUUCAGACUAUGGGAUUAGGAAGUAUUUUUUUAUGGUUAGGAGAGUGUUUUUACGGUGCUAGCUAUACUCACUUUUGUGUGUACGUGUAUACAUGUAUAUAUGUUCACGUUUACCUAGCUUGCUAAUUAUCUUAAAGGUCCAAUAUAUCACAUCUGUAAAUGGAAAU